UGUCGCCUUCGCGCCUGUGGAAUGGUGUGGCCGCCAUGGCAGCCGCUUGGAUGUCGGUACUUGUCGUGAUGGCGGUUGUCAACGCGGCGGAAGGCGGGGAUGAGCGGCGAGCGUGCGCCAGCGUCCACGCUUCCAGUUCGGUGGUGACCGUGGGCUCGCCCGUCACGGUCACCUGCGUCGUCCGCGACGACUGCCCCGCUCUGGCCGGACGCCGAGUCCAAUUGCGACUGGGCGAGCGGGUUCUUCCCGGCGCGAUUGAGGCGGCCGACGGGAGCGCCAGAGCCUACCGGCUGCUGAUCCCCGCUUUCAACCACAGUCGGGCCACCCUCACCUGCUGCCUCCGGGACGCGCCGAGUCACGUCAUCGCCGGCCUGGAAAUACAAGCCGGAUAUCCACCUCCGGCGCUCCAGAACCUGAGCUGUCAGGCCAACCUGUCCGCCCACGAGAGCCUGACAUGUAAGUGGGAAACGAGCCCGCCGGACUCGCACCUGCCCACAAAGUAUAGCCUCCACACGCACAUCGGUGAUCUAAAGUGGAGCCACGCCUACGAGCUGCCGCCGGGGGUCCGCAGCUACACCAUCCCUCGCGCCGGCUUCGUCUUCUUCUCAGAGAUGGAGAUCUACGUGAAGGCCGUGAACGCGCUCGGAGAGACGAGCUCCUCGCGCUUGAGUUUGGAACCCGUCAGCUCAGCCAAGUUUGACCCGCCAGAGAUCGUGAAGCUGCAAGCGUGGCGUCCCGGCUGCCUGCGGCUAAAAUGGGACUUUUCCCGCUUCCAGGACUGGAUGAGGGACUUUGUCAGUCUUCAAGUCCGACUCAAGACGGAGGCGAGCGGCUGGUGGACCGAGCGACCGAUCCUGGACCGGGCCAUGCCCCAGAGGUACGUCUACCAGUGCGGUCUGCUGCACGGGACGCAUUACGUCGCCCAGAUCAGAGUCCGAUACCGGCAAAGCCCCUGGAGCGAGUGGAGCGACGGCCGGCCCGCGUUCACCCUGGAGACCGCUCCCACCGGAGCGCUCCACACGUGGAUGCGGGUUACCGGCCAUCUCUUGCACAACCAACUCCAAAUGCUCUUGUUUUGGAAGCCGUCGGCACGAUUCCGAGCCAACGGCCGCAACCUGUCCUACGUGGUUUCGGCACUGAGGACCUCAAAUAAGAGGGGGAAACUGUGCGCCACGGCCGGGAGCCACUGCACCUUCCGCGUUCCCAGGAAAGCCAGGAAAGUGUACCUCGUGGCUCUGAACGCAGCCGGAAGGUCCGGCCCGACGUCGGUCCCCAUCUACCACGCCAUAGCUGGAGAGACCGUACCCGAAGUUCGCGCCGCCGCCGCCGGCGACGGGUCCGUGCUGGUCCGAUGGGAAGACGUGCCGUCGCCCGCUCUUAUCGAUUACGUGGUGGAAUGGAGACCCCUGUUAAACCACGACCUGUCCCUUGUUGGCUUUGAGACUGCCAGACGGAAUCUCUCCACCCUUGUCGUGACAGGCCCCUUGGAGCCGUACAAGCCCUACGGGAUCUCCGUGUAUCCCAGAUUUAAGCAGGGCAUCGGCCCGCCGCGGACGGUUCAGGCCUACUCGCUGCAAAAGGCUCCAUCUGAGGUCCCGAAGAUAAGAAUUAAGAAGAACUGGCAGUACCAUGUGGAACUGGCCUGGGAUGAAAUACCGUUGGAGCGGCGCAACGGGAUCAUUCAAAGCUACAAAUUGUUUUACUGGGACCAGACCGGAAGGGUGCACGUGGCCACGGGAGAGCCGGAGGAGCGCAAAGUGGUCCUGACGGGCCUCGACUCCAAGUCUGUUUACGAUGCCGUCUUGAUGGUCAGCACGUACGGCGGAAGCCGCAACGGGUCCACGGUUCACUUUGACAUCAAAGAAAUGGAUCCCGUCUCUUCUGUGAUCAUCCUGGUGGCCACGUGCGCUUGUUUGUGUCUGCUGAUCAUUUUUCUGGUCAAGACUUGUUCCUCCGAGCAUAAUCAGCUGAAGGUGCGUUUUUGGCCCGACGUUCCCGAUCCUGCAAACAGCAGCAUCAAAAGUUGGACCUCGGAAUGCACGCAGGAUAUUCGGUCUUCGUGGGACUUUGAGGAGCCAAAUCCAAUGUAUCUCUCCCAUCUGAGCUUCCUGGAGCUACCCCGGAAGCCCGGCAAGGAAGAAGACUUCACCGCUUGGUUGAACAACGCAGAGGACACCAGCGACCUGGGGGAGUCCAUCUGCGGCUCGCCUUUCCUCCCCGGUUUGACCUCUUCCAACGACGACUCGGUGCUCUACGCCACCGUCAUCUUCCCUGCCCAGCAGCCUCACGAGUACCUGCGCUCUGAGUCCACGCAGCCUCUCUUGGGGUCGGAAGAGAGUCCCAAGUGUUACCAGAACGUCGACGCGACCGAAGGCUCGCAGUGCUUCUUUGGACCGUGCAUGCCCGAAGAGGACGACGACAACGACGCCUCUGCCGCCAUCCAGUGGGAGGACUUUCCUUUUCUUAGAGCGUUAGCCAUGAAUGACACUCAGUGAUGUCUAAUGUUUCAUUUGACUUGUGUGGUCAUGUGAAGUACAGCUGUGCCUUGACUUGCAGAUAUACAGAAAGUCUGUUUCUCAAAUCAUCUCUCCCUAUCGACAUGAAGUGAAAAUGACAUUAAUCCGUUCCACCCCAAAACCCCAAUUAAUUUCCGGGACCUGACCUCGCCUCACGGUACAGUGGGGCAGGGUUUGAUCCUGGCCCUGGCCUUCCUGUGUAGAGUUUGCAUGUUCUCCCUGUGCCUGCUUGGCUUUUCUGCGGAUCCUCCGCUUUCCUCCCGCAUUCCCAAAACAUGCAUGGCAGGUUCAUGGAACACUUGAAAUUGUCCUCGAGUGUGAUUGUGAGCGCAAAUGGCUUCUUUGACUGCGUGUGCCCUGCGAUUGGCUGGCAAACGGUUCAGGUUGUACGGCUGGGAUAGGCUCUGGCACGGCCGCGACCCUUGUGACGAUAAGAGGAUUAGAAAACGGAUGAAUUCAACGGUUUGUUCAUGAUGAUUUCAUGCUGCCGUGUUGCUUCUCGAGGCACCGUGCCACCAGGGGGCAGUAUCGUGCAGGCAGAUUUAGUGGGUUCACGGAAGUACAUCUUAGCAGCUAUGCUUCCGUAGUACAGCAUUUGUCGUUUUUUUUUUUUGCAGGGGAUAAAAUAAAUGCCCGUGAGUGUUGUAUAAUCUGACUGUGUUUCUACUGGUUGUGUUAUUAAUAUCAGUGGGUUCAAGGUAAAACGAUACGAGUUUUAUAAUCAUCUGAAAAAAAACUUUGAUUAUACAUUCAUUGGUGUCCAUGUUUUACCUCACUUUAUACAGGAAUAAAUGUAUUUGUAUUUUUACGCA